AUGUCUCUACCUCCACGGACACUUCUACUGUCCCUCAUCAUCCUCUUACACUUUAGUGCUCUCACCUGUGCCGCGAAAGAAGGCCAGGCUGAGGGCGAGAGUGCCUGUACUAGUGAAGGUUCCACGGAACAGGGAUGUCCCAUCUCGGGCAAUUCCGAUUACUAUGGCUUGGGCGUUAGGAUGGGUAUCUACUCUCAAUGGAUGACGUCCUGGAUCGCGAACAACUUCCUGUGUGAAGAGAUCAUCGGUUCCCUCGAAACGAAUUCGAUCUUCCUCCUCGCAUUGUUUUCGACCGUGUUUUUUUACUCCGUACGGAAGGAUCAGAUCCGUGUGGUGGAUGUGCUGGUGAUCCAUCAGAUGUGCGUUGGGUUUUUGUUCAGUAUCAUGAGUCUUUGGGGAUAUCGGACGAUGUACUACAAAACCGAAGGCCCUGGUGGACGCCGCCAUUUUGGCGGCUUUGGUACCCAUUUUCGCCUCAUCCUCAUGAGCAUGAUCACCCUCUACGGGGUCUGGUUUUGGGCCAAAGGGAUCGAUGUCUUGUCACCGUGCGAUCGCCGAACAGCCUGCGGCGGCCUCCAAUUGUCCUUUUUCGGGCCACUGAGGGUUGAGUCCUGGGUGACUAGGGGUAUUAACCUGGCCAUGGCGAUAGUGGCGGCGUUGUACUAUGCUGUCAUGGCGAUUGUGGCCGGUAUUGCGGGCGUUGUGUAUGUAAUGAGGAAGUGGAAGAGGAAGGCGGACAACUGGGAGUUGAUCGAGCACCCGGACUCGGAUGUUUCGCUCAACAAGAGAGAGCUGACCAUCUGGUAUAUUUGCCUUUCUUCUUUCAAUAUGUUCUGGAUUGUGUCCUCCAUCAUCAACAUCGAGUUGACCCUCAGCUUGAAUCACAUGAGCAACGUCCUAGGAAAAUCUGCAGUCGUGGGAGCUGGUCAGUUGAUCCCGCUAGCCAUAGGAAUGAUCAGUCUUGUGCGAGUCCUUUAUGUGCUUGCACAGACGCGUGCGCCCUGGCUGCGAAAGAAAGAGGAUGAUGAUUGCGGCCCGCGUUCUCGCGGCGAUGGUGAUGAGAAAACCAUGAGCGGAUUGGGUCUCAACCCCUAUUCACCUGCUCCUCGGAAGGAACGGACUGAAGAUGCCGAAAAGUUUGCAGUGUUGGCGACAAUGCAACGACCCCCAACUCUCCCUGCCCUACCAGCAAGCAUCAGGCGUUCAGAGAAACGCACCCUCACACACCGCAUCCUCCUUGCCUGGCUCCCCUGGCUGAAUCUAUUCGAGUGGUCGAAAGAAUCCCUGACACCCCAACUAUUCCGCGAACCAACGAUUUUCGGCAACCACAACGCCAAAGAAAAAGAUUCAGAAGUCGGCUUUGAAGUUAUGGGGGCGAGAAAAAUGCAUUUGGAGAUGCGAGAUUCCCGACAGCGGAUGGGACAUAAUCGCCAGGAAAGUGCUGCCACGGACGAAAGUUCUAAUGCCGCUCUUCUCAGCUCGCCACCGCGACUGCUCCCGGGGCAGAGAGGGCUGCUGGGGCCGAUGGGCGACGACGAGGUGGAGAUGGUGGACCGGAAACCAUCAACGAUGCACCCCAAUUCUCCGGCCGCCGGUAUUUAUGAUGGUGACGGGUAUGAUGAAUACCUGAGCCACUGA